AUGCUUUGGGGGGUGCGCGGACUCCGGCGGGAGACGGGGCUACGGGGCAUGGAGCGCGGAAUCAGGACGAUGCAGCUGACGGAGGGUGGGAGCCGCCCGCACAAGGGGGGGGGGGGGGAGAGAAUCCCCAGGGAGGACUUACGUCAGACGUGGGAGCUCGCGCUGAGGCGGCCCGACAGGCAGGAGCAGUGGGACGGGAUGAGGGGGAAACACACGAUGAGGAGGGGGCGGAGGUUAGGCUUCCCAGCGAGGAAGAUGGGUCGGAGUCAGGGGGUCCGACCCCACCCGCGGGAGCAGUGGGAAACGAUGAUGAGGAAACACCCGAGGAAGAAGGGGGAGAUGUUGGGAAUCCCGGCGAGGAGGGUGGAUCGGAGUCACAGCGUCGCUUGGAUAACUACGACGACGUUUGGGAGGAAGGCUCGCAGGACAGCGAAGGAGACGACGAUUCGCUUGACGGUAUGGAUGAUAUCGGGAUCGACCUCGACGGAGACUUGCUGGUGGACGACGAGCCUUAGUUAUGUGAAUGGUGGAACCCAUUGCGUGACCCACGAAGAUCUACCGUAACGGAGUGCAGCUGCAUUCGGCUGUUGUGUUCUCCUCGUAGAAAUGAGAAUUGCCACAAGUGGUUUUCGGCCAUGUGGGUUUGCUACGCAGCACAAUUGCGUGUGUGUGGUACAGUCGAAGUCUACACUUCGGUGUCUGCGUCUUUUUUUUUUUGUGUGUGGUGCCAGGUUCAAAACAGUCCAGUUUUUUUUUUGGGCACACAUGGGUUUGUGUAGUCGAAGUCAACACUUUGGUGUGUGUGUCUUUUUUUUUGUUGUGUGUGGUGCCAGGUUCAACACAGUGCACGUCUUUUUUGUUGGGCGCACAUGUAUGCGUGCGUGUGUCGUACACUCGAGGUCAACACUUUGGUGCAUCCUGAGUCAUUUUUUUUGUUAGGAGUGGUGCCAGGUUCAAGACAUGUGCACGCGGAUUUUUUUGGGCGCACUUCUAUGCGUGCGUGUGUUCAACACACAGUGCACGUAUUUUUUUUUUCUUGGCGCACAUGUAUGCGUG